AUGGCUGACGCACCACCUCCUUCAAUAUCCGAACUCAUGCGGAUGGUAGCCGAGCUACAGCAGGCCAAUCAGCGGAUAGCUGACGAAAACCAAAUAAUGGCCACCCAAAUCGCCGAACUGAACCAUGUUCGGACGGAACACAACGACGCUCACCACCAGCAACCAGAGGAUGAUGAGCAUCACUCACCCUCUCAUGUCUCGGAGACUAUCCGAGCUGAUGUAAUUCACCCCGAAGAUGAAAAAGAAGGAACUGAUGAUCUUGUGGGACCCUUCACCAAGGAGGUGAUGAACUUCGAGUUGUCGAAGAGAUUCACUCUACCACUAACCCUCACACCUUAUGAUGGCCUCGGAGACCCGAAGAAAUUUCUCAAGAAGUUUCGAUCAAUAAUGAUCGUUAACGGUGCAUCCGACACUGUUUUAUGCCGUUGUUUUCCAAAUUAUUUAGACGGCCUUGCACUUGAUUGGUUGUGUGCUUUACCUGCAGGUUCUAUUUCGCGAUUUCAACAACUAGCCAAGCUGUUCGAAGAGCACUUUGCCGGAUCCGCAAUAUAUUUGCAUGACUCUGACUAUCUGAACACUAUUAAGCAGGGGCAGAACGAAAGCCUGAAAGACUAUAUGGCUCGCUUCACUAAAAUAGCCAUCAGCAUACCUGAUCUCCACCCAGAAGUCCAUUUGCACGCACUUAAAAGCGGCCUCAGAUCUGGAAAGUUCCAAGAAACCAUUGCAAUAGCAAAGCCAAAAACCCUGGCCGAAUUCCGGAAAAAAGCAAAAGGACAAAUCGAUAUCGAGGAGCUCAGACAAGCUCGGAAAUCUGACAGAACAACCUACAGAGACGACGAUAAAACUCCAACUAGUAAGAAAAGUUUUAAACUAACCCCUCGUUUUGACUCUUAUACACAGUUUAAUACUAAGCGAGAGGACAUCAUCAAAGAGAUUCUACAUUCAAAACUCAUCAAACCACCAAGAAAGGCCGGAACAUAUCAAAACACUAAGAACGCAGAUAAAUCAAAAUACUGUGCCUUCCACCAAAAGCACGGCCACACCACUGAUGACUGUGUAAUAGCAAAGGACCUCUUGGAACGCUUAGCUCGGCAAGGUCACCUCGAUAAGUACAUCGGAGGUCACAUCCAAAAACGUCCCAUAUCUUCCAGGACCGAAGACUCAUCUGAACAACAAUACCGAGGAAAAGAGAAGGUGUCGGCGAACAAUUACGAAAAACCACGAGGAAUCAUUAAUUAUAUUUCAGGAGGAUACGCGAGUGGAGGCUCCUCAAACUCGGCGAGAAAGAGGUCAUUCCGAUCAAUAUGCUCGUUAGAUGGCCCACAAAGUGACACACAAAAUCCAACACAACUCCCGCAGCUCACAUUCACACAAGCAGACUACAUCUCUAGUAUACAGAACUUGGAUGACCCCGUUGUUAUAACUCUUCAGUUGGGAGACCUACUGGUAAAAAAAGUACUGCUAGAUCCCGGAAGUAGUGCCGACGUCUUGUUCUACUCCACAUUUCAAAAAAUGAAGCUCAGUAACAACAUCCUCCAGUCAACAGGGGGAGAUCUGGUCGGCUUCUCCGGCGAACGAGUCCCAAUAAUAGGGUCAGUGUGGUUACAAACCACACUGGGUGAGCAUCCUCUUUCAAAAACUUGUGAUAUACAAUUUUUAGUAGUAGAUUGCUUCAGUCCAUACAACAUUAUCCUUGGUCGCCCUUUCUUAAACAAGUUCGGCGCCAUUGUUUCUACAGUUCAUCUGUGUGUUAAGUUCCCUUUGCAGGACGAUCAUGUCGUCACAAUCCAUGGAGAUCAUAAGGAAGCUCGGCAGUGUUACAACAUCGGCAUGAAAUUCCAAAAUAAUUCAAAACAACAAGUCAACAGUAUCGACCUCACACACAAAAGCUCGGCAAUCGCCGACUUAGACCCAAGAGCCGAUUUCCGAGAAAGGCCAACUCCCUCUGACGACUUACAAAAGGUUUAUUUCAACAACGACCCUAACAAAUUCACUUUUGUAGGUAGGUCAAUAAGCAAGGAAGAAUUAAAAGUCAUCACCACCUUCCUACAAGAUCAAGCCGACCUUUUUGCAUGGAAACCUUCGGAUAUGCCCGGCAUAGACCCGCAAAUCAUCAGCCAUAAGCUGGCUAUAAACUCGUCUACAAAGCCAGUGCAACAAAAGAAACGAAAACUCGGCGACGAAAAGCGAAAGGCGUCUUUGGAGGAGACACAAAAACUAAUAAGCGCCGAAUUCAUCGAAGAGAUCAGAUUUACCACCUGGCUCACCAACGUGGUUAUGGUAAGAAAACAAAAUGGUAAGUGGCGCAUGUGCGUCAAUUUUACUGAUUUAAACAAAGCAUGUCCAAAAGACUCGUAUCCCCUACCAUCCAUAGACUCUUUGGUAGAUAACGCUUCCGGUUAUGCUACCUUAAGUUUCAUGGAUGCAUAUUCAGGGUACAACCAAAUACUUAUGCACCCCUCCGAUCAAUGUAAAAUAGCUUUUAUUACUGACUUCGGAAACUACUGUUAUAAGGUUAUGCCUUUUGGAUUAAAGAAUGCAGGGGCGACCUACCAACGCCUUAUGGAUAAAGUUUUCGCCAAACAAAUCGGCAGAAACAUUGAGGUUUAUGUAGAUGAUAUGGUCGCCAAAACAAAAGUCGGCAACAAUCAUCUUGACGACCUAACAGAAAUAUUCGCCCAGAUACGCCAUUACAACAUGCGCCUGAACCCAGAAAAAUGCGCUUUUUGUGUACAAGGUGGUAAGUUCUUGGGAUUUUUGUUAACAAACAGAGGUAUCGAGGCAAACCCUGACAAAUGCCGAGCAGUUUUGGAAAUGACAAGUCCUAAGACUGUCAAAGAAGUCCAGCGCCUCACAGGAAGGCUUGCUGCUUUAUCAAGAUUUGUACCUUGUUUAGCUUUGAAGUCUAAUCCUUUUUUUCAAACAAUUAAAAAGAAAAACAAAUUCCAAUGGACCGACGAUUGCGAGAGAGCUUUUAACACACUAAAAACAAAUCUCUCGCAACCGCCGAUUCUACAAAAACCCCUCCAAGGGGAACAUUUAUUUCUAUACCUUUCAGUAACUAAUUGGGCGAUAAGCUCGGCUCUUGUCAUAGAAAGAAACAAAAUUCAGCAACCGGUCUACUUCGUCAGCAAAACACUCCACAACGCUGAGCUUAAUUAUCCGAGAAUAGAGAAGCUGACCUUAGCAUUAGUCUUCUCAGCACGAAGACUCCGACCUUAUUUUCAAAGUCAUGUCAUCAAUGUCAAGACAGACCACCCACUACGACAAGUCCUACACAAGCCAGACAUUGCAGGAAGACUCAUAAAGUGGUCGAUCGAACUGUCCGAGUUCGACAUCAGAUAUCAAUCCAGAGGGGCAAUAAAAUCACAGUUCUUAGCCGACUUUAUUGCAGAACUUACGAUACCAUCGGAGGAGGACCACACAAAACACUGGACUCUAUACAUAGAUGGCUCAUCCAACAAAGAAGGAUGUGGAGCUGGAAUACGACUCGAAGCCGAAGAUGGCACUGUACUCGAGCACUCCUUACACCUAUCUUUCAAGGCUAGCAACAACCAAUCCGAGUAUGAAGCCCUGGUCGCAGGACUACAGCUUUGUUUAGAACUUCAAAUAUACACAAUCAAAAUAUAUUGUGACUCUUUGUUGGUUGUUCAACAGGUAAACGACCAGUUUCAAGUAAGAGACCCCCUUCUAUCCAAAUAUUUAUUAUUAGUCAAAAAUUUAAUUUCACAAUUUAAAGAAUUUGAAAUACAACACAUUCCAAGAGAACAAAAUCAAAGAGAUGAUAUUUUAUCUAAGCUCGGCAGUACUCAAUCCAAGAUAUCUACAUUGCAUCAAUUUACUAUAAACUCUCCUAACAUUGACCUAACAAAAGUGCUAAGUGUUACUCAGGAAAGUGAUUGGCGAACAGAUUUCAUAACUUAUCUACAAACAUCGCACAUUCCAGAGACCGUCAAAAAUGUCAAAAGGUUCCGAAGACAAGCCACAUUUUUUACACUACUUAACGGAGCCUUAUACAGACGAGGAUAUACUCAUCCUUUACUCAAAUGUCUCAGCAGAUCCAAAGCAGAAAUAGCACUGUCAGAAGCACAUGAGGGGAUCUGCGGAACACAUACAGGAGCUCGGAGCCUUUCAUCCAAAAUCCUCCGCGCUGGUUUCUUCUGGCCAUCACUGAAGCAAGACAGUGAAAACAAGGUCAGGGCCUGUAUAAAUUGCCAGAAGCACGCCCCUACCAUCCACAUUCCAGCUGAGGAUAUGCAUCACAGCGACGUCACAUGGCCUUUCCACCAAUGGGGACUAGACAUCCUCGGCCCGUUCCCUACGGCGCCGGGCCAGGUAAAAUUUCUAAUAGUCGCCAUUGACUACUUUUCAAAAUGGAUCGAAGCUCAACCGUUAGCUAAAAUAACAUCACAACAAAUGAUAUCCUUUGUUUGGAAGAACAUUAUUUGCCGUUUUGGCAUUCCUCAUCAUAUCAUAACUGACAAUGGUCGCCAGUUUGCCGAUCAAAAGUUCCAAUCUUUUUUACAGAAUCUCAAAGUCAAACAGCAUUUCGCUUCUGUUGAACAUCCUCAGACGAACGGACUAGCAGAAGCGGUGAACAAAGUGAUCUUGCACGCACUUAAGAAGAAGCUGGAUGACGCAAAAGGGCUAUGGGCCGACCUCAUACCUGAAGUCCUAUGGGGUUACAACACAACCCCCCAAUCAUCAACAAAAGAGACACCAUUCCGACUUGUCUAUGGUUCCGAAGCAAUGAUACCACUAGAAAUCUCCCAAAGCUCAAUUAGAACACAGCUCGUCGACCACAAUGAAGCCCGGCGCACCGAACUAGAUAUCAUUGAAGAAGUCCGAGAUAUAGCAACACUAAGGUAA